UCUUUUCACUGAGUCGUAUGCCGCCUUGAAAUUCACAAACAGAUUGUGCGUCGUCGUGGAACGCCCCUGUGAAAAACCAGCCUGGUAUUCACUAAAAAAGGAUUCCGUUAACGGUCUCAAUCCGAAGAACAUGAUACCGGAGAGCACUUCAUAUUAGGGGCGGCGUACAACAGCGUCUGACCCGGAGCGGGUGGCUGAGUUAUGGAAUGCUGCAUCCCGCCAGCUACACCUAAAAUGGCAGUCCCAUUAGCAGGAUGUAGGUAUCGCGACCCUGGUGAGGAAGCAUAUCGAAACCUUUCUUCAACCAUGAACAACGAAAUUAGGAAUACGGAACGGAUCAAUCGGCAAAGACAUAGGCUACAAACACGGAAAAGGUUAAGAUAAACGAUUGGAAAUUGGGUACUAGGAACGUCCGAUCUCUCAAUGAACCGGCGCGGGCUGGUUUGCUUGCUCGAGAACUACAGCGACCGGGAGGCGAAAUCGCAGCGAUUCAGGGGGUUCGGUGGCCAAAUUCCGGAGAAAGGCAAUUCUGUGCAGUAGACCCUAUUGCACACACUUCUUUCAAGUACAUCUACUACAGUGGCUACUUGGUUUCGUAGUGCUGGGAAAUCAGAAAACAAGAGUCAUCCGGUGGAGGCCCGUAGAUGACCGUAUAUGCGUGUUGAGGAUUCGGGACAAAUUCUUCAACUACAGUUUAAUCAACGUCCACCUACGCACCGACAAACGACAAAUCCGAUGAAGUCAAAGAUGAGUUCUAUGCCAAGCUUGAGCGACGUUUGAAUAUUUGGAAACACCUGGAGGCAUCCAAAUGGAGAAGCCUGCUUCCAGAUCGAUCACGUACUGAUUGACGGUCGGCACUUCUCGGAUGUUACUGAUGUUAGGUAUUUUCGGGGACCAAACAUUGACUCUGACUAUUAUCUCGUCGUUUGUAAGAUCCGCGCACGGUUGUCGAACGUGCAGAAAUCUCGCACAGAGAGGACGACGCGUUCCAACAUUCAGCGGUUGAAAGCUGAUGGCGUGGCAACAGAAUUGGCCAGAGAGCUGGAUCAAUGGAUCGCAGAACAGCAGGAGGAAGGAGUGGCAGACAGCUGUCCACGUGGUAUGUGGAUGGCCCCUAAAGGGGCUGUGCAGCAGUAUCCACGGCGCCAUCGAAACGACUGCGAGAGAGGUGGUAGGUACGACGCGUGAAAGACAGCCUAAUGGCUGGUUCGAUGCCGAGUGCCAGAGAGCGACAGAUGAGAAGAACCGUGCCAGGAGCCGCAUGCUCACUGCGGCUACGCGUCAGAACAGAGAAAGAUACAGGGUGGCAAAAGCUGCCGAAAAUAGAACCCACCGUCGGAAGAAGCGCGAGUACGAGGAGCAGGUGCUCGCCAGCGCAGAGGACAGCUAUGCCCAAAACGACGUGCAGAGAUUCUAUAGAACUGUCAACAGAGUCAGAAGCAGGAAUUUCCCUGUGCCGGUCAUGUGUAAUGACAAGGACGGCAACCUGCUUACUGAUAAACCGACGGUUGCAGCCAAGUGGAAGGAGCAUUUUCAGGCGCUAUUGCGCGAUUGGUGAGCUGAAAAACGACAAGGCCGCUGAGAAGGACGGUAUCUCGGCCGAACUUUUAAAAGCGGGAAGCGAGCGGCUGUACUAUGCGAUCCACCAGAUAAUACUAAGGAUCUGGGCGGAUGAGCAAAUGCCGAACGACUGGUUGGAAGGCCUCAUAUGCCCUAUCUAUAAGAAGGGCCAUCGAUUGGAUUGUGGCAACUAUAGAGGCAUAACGUUGCUCAACUCCGCAUAUAAAGUGCUCUCUCGUAUCCUGUUCUUCAGAUUGAGACCGUUAACGGAAUCCUUUGUUGGCGAAUACCAGGCUGGUUUUCGACAGGGGCGUUCCACGACGGAUCAAAUUUUCACCCUGCGACAGAUCCUCGAUAAGUUCCGGGAGUACAACUUAACGACUCACCAUAUGUUUGUGGAUUUCAGGGCGGCAUACGACUCAGUGAAAAGAAACGAGCUGUGGCAGAUCAUCCUGGAACACGGUUUCCCUACGAAACUAAUUAAGCUGAGUCGUAUGACACUGGAGGGAUCAAAAUCGUGCGUGCGGAUAGCUGGUGAGACAUCGGCCGCGUUCGUCACGUCCACUCCGUGGUAGGCCUCGCACGCGGUAGAUGUGCGCGGUGGAAGAAGAUGCACGAUCUGCUGAUGUACGAGGAGACUGGAGAGCGGCUGCCCAAGACAGAAGAAGCUGGACAUCUCUAAUUCGUUCGGCCCUAGACCGGUUAACGGUCCGUUAGCCAACAAAGUAAGUAAAAAAUUUAAGAUUGCGUUUUCCGGGAACAUUGCCAAAAUGUACCGGCAAGUACUUCACGCGCCUCAAGACCGACGUUUUCUUCGUAUUUCCUGGAGAGCCCAUCCGUCUCAACCACUGCGAGUUCUAGAACUUUGUACGGUGACCUAAGGGACAGCAUCCGCUCCCUACCUCGCGACAAGGUGCUUGGUACGGCUCGUCGAAGAAGAAGGCAAAUCUUUUCCUAUCGCCGCUCGCAUCGUGAAGGAAGAAACUUAUAUGGAAGAUGUGCUUUCCGGUGCAGGCUCGAUAGAAGAGGCCAUCGAGGCUCAACGACAAACUCCUUGUUCAACGACUGUGGCAACUUAAGAUCGGAUGGGACGAUCCGGUCGAUGCAGACACAGUCAAAGGUAGCUCCUAUGGAGGAACUUUCAAUCCCUCGCAAGGAGUUAUGCGUCACGCGGCUAUUGACCCGGUUGUUACUAAAAGUAAUACCCGCCUUGGAUAUAGAACUCCGAGAGAUUAUGCUUUGGUGUGACAGCACAAUUGUCCUGGCUUGGAUCAAGCCGCUCAACCAACUCCAGUUGUAUGUCCGGAAUCGAAUCGCCAUAAUCCAACAACACACUAGUGGAUACCGCUGGGAAUCAGGCUUGUAAACGGUCACCAUUUUCAUUUGAUCUCGCUUCCUUAGCGUGCGUCACAGUCGGCUUUCGCUCGUAAAUGUUAAAUAACCAAACCAUCGCCGCUCAGCUCACAGGAAGAAAAGGAUAGUCAACCGACACUCGCGUAUCGAAGAGAUGCACACUGUCAAUCUUUUAGCGAUGUUAUUUCGGCUUUUUUCUGUCUACUUCGUUCAUUUAUGUUGAGAAAUAUUAUUACAAGAUCAAUGAUAUAAAUAAUUUCCAGAAUACAAGCACUCAACGUCAACGUCAAAAUACGUUUGAGGAAAAUAACGUCGUGAUGGCGAGACUCAUUAGGCAUUUUUGUUUAAGAAUGUAUUCAGACAGCGGGCCUUGGUAGCGUCAGAGGAAAAAGAAGACGAUUAUCGCAGUGAAAAGUGGUUCUACCGUGACCAUUUCGAAGCCUGCUGGGAAUACGUUCGAUCGCAGCAAAACCCAGCCGACACCGUUUCUCGUGGUCAACUACCAGAGGGUUUGAAAGACAACAACCUUUGGUGGAACGGCCCCGAGUUUCUCCAGCGAGUGGAACUUUCCGAAUUGAAAGAACCAAUCGUUAUUGCAGCUGUGAAUGUUGUACCAUUUCCGUUUUUCUCCAGGUACAGUAGCUUUCGUAAGAUCCAACGUGUUAUGAGCUACGUCCUGCGAUUUAUUGCCAACUGUCGAAUCAAGGUCCCGACCUCACGAGAGAAAAAUCCUCAUCAAACCAUCUCUGAACUGCGCUCGGCUACCGAAGCUAUCAUACGCGUGGUUCAACAAGUUCACCUGGCUGACGAAAUUCAUCGAGUCAUCAACAAUUAACUCUGCAAGAAGUUGGCAAAUUUGCGUCCUGUUUUAACCAACGGCUUACUUCGUGUGGGUGGUCGAUUUGACCGCUCUCAUCUACCGUUUGAAAGCCGCCAUCCCAUCAUCUUACUGGACAAGGACCCAGUAGCACGCCUUCUAAUCUGGCAAAUGCACAUCGAACAGCUUCACGUCGGGCAGUCUGGAUUGAUGAACGCUAUGAGACAACGCUACUGGCUUUUGAACGCUCGAUCAACAAUUCGGCAGAUUACACGCAUGUGUAUCAGAUGCUUCCGGAUUAACCCAACCAACACAACUCAACUGAUGGGGAACUUACCAGUAUCAAGAGUGGUACCGUCGUCACCAUUCGCAAUCACCGGUGUGGACUAUGCUGACCCGUUUUUAAUAAAACAAGGUAGACGCCGCCCGACCCUGGUCAAAGCUUACGUGGCUGUCUUCGUGUGAAUGACAACCAAGGCCGUGCAUUUGGAGGUGGUUUCCGACCUUAGCACGGAUGCUUUCUUGACGUCGUUGAAGCGUUUCAUAGGCCGGAGAGGAAUAGUCCAGCAGCUGCACUCGGAUAACGCCACUAAUUUCCGAGGUGCUCAUCACGAAUUAAAUGAGUUAUUUCAACAAUUUCGAAGUCAGCAGUCUGUGGAUACCAUUAGAGAGUUUUGUUCGUCGCGUGAAACUUAGUGGCAUUUCAUCCCGCCGGAUGCACCAGAAUUCGGCGGACUUUGGGAAGCUGCAGUUAAAUCAGCAAAGACACACCUGAAGCGCAUUAUCGGAAACGUAAGGCUGACGCACAGUGGAACACUUAGAACAUCAAACCUGAUCAAAAUAAUUUAAAAAAAAUUUUUGCACUGAAAACGUAUCAUAUUGUGAUAAUAAAAACUAAUGAUUGGAUUUGGAUAAUUUUUUGCAUGGAGUAACCCACCUUAAAGUGAUGGAUGACAUUUCUUAUAAUGAAAUUUAAAUUCAGUCAUAGUCGGGUCAAAAUUCAUUGAAAUACUUGAAUUUAUCAUGAAAUGUCUUUUCAGUACACAUUUCAGUCAUUUGACAAAGUUUCAUUUCGGUAACCAAGGCUGCAACAAUCCAAGAAGCGAAAAAUAUGAAUUUCUUGAUUAUUUUCACAUAACGAUUCAACACGAAACCGGAAGCAUCCGGAAGGUUUAUCUUCACCAUUAUAACCAAAAAUAUUAGCACUUUCACGUAAUCUAAGCCGUUCAAUCGGAUUUUGCCGGAAACAUAACUUAUCCCAUUUUGAGUUAACUUAUAAAAAAAAAAUUUUGGGUUUUAUUUUAUUGAUUUUGACAAACACCUGGGUAUUUGGAGAGACUAGCAUACAUGCUAAGUACACAAUUCUGUUCGAUUAACCUUCUUUAACAAUCUCCAUCGUUGUUUAAUUUCAAAAUCACUUGUUUAUCUUCGGAACGUUAUAUUUUAGCUCACGGUAUCAAACCGUCAUUAUCAUGCACAAAAAACUGUUGAAUUGCGGUCGGUUGUAGCCUCUCGUUAAGACCGUAAACAUAACUUUUGUAUGUUGAAGAGCUGUCAAGUGAUCAAGCAUACAUCACACUCCAAAAUGAAACACUACAAUACAAAAUUGAUUUACUUUGAAUUUUUCACAUUUGAUCAGAUUUUAAACGUAUUUACUCCUAUGUGUGACAGUCGAAGAACUAACUACUAUUA